AGACACUUUCCUCUGACAAAGCCAAAACAACACCCUGGGCGUCAUUAAAUAUAACGAAGGCAGCGAAGCAAGUCGGACACAAACAACACAAAAUGGGUAAAAUCUACCAGGUCCUGCUUCACGGACUGAGGGGUGAGAAGACGUUCAUCGACCUGUCGAACACUGAGGAACAGAUGAAGAGUAUGACGGUGAAGCAGCUGAAGGAAAAGAUUAGACAGAAGCUUCCUGAGACCGCAGGAGAGGACGCUCUGCGGCUGAUCUUUGCAGACAAAGAGCUGGAUGAAGACUCCUCGCUGCUGUCUAGCUAUGGGGUACAGCACAUGUCCAACAUCCAUAUGGUGAUUAAGGUUCCUGGAGGACUGACUGUUUGACAGAGACCACCUCGGCCUGCUGCCACUGCCACUUCAUAAGAGCUCCGGAAGACUCCUGCCACUGUCUACAAAUCUUAAACCUUUGCUGUGCGGUUAUUUUAUUCUAGUGAUUGUGUAAUAUUGCAAAGGUGGUUAAAAAAAAAUCUGUACUAUACCAAAAUAAAAAUGUUCUCUCUGUA